AUGGUAGACCGUAUUCUAGAAAAGUUUCACAACCUUUACAGUGGCUAUAGGUAAGUUUUUUUCCCAUAUUUAAUAAUAUAACACUGUUAUGGGAAACAUUUAUUAUGACACACAUGUUUUUAUUAUUUGUUUCAAAACAAGCUCAUAACAAUGAUUUUAUUUUAGAAUUAAUUUAAACAAUUUAAAAUUGAAUUUAAGAGAAGUAAUAAUAAGUGUAGACAAAAUCUUGUUUCACAGGGAGUAUACCUGAAAGGUCAGAGGUAGGCCCGGCCUCUUUACAGAGCUACUUAUGAAGUCACAUUUAGUUUUUACGUCUCUUAUUUUAGAAUGGUUGUUAGUAUAAGUUAAUCAAGCACCAUUUCACUGAAACUCUAAAAGAACAUAGUUUAUAUAGUUAAUCAAAAGCAAGUAAAGUAAAAAACUUACCACAAAAGAAUUAUAGCGUAUUAUUAAUGAGACAGCAAAUUUAGCUUUAACUAUAAGUCUACCGCCGCUGUAUUCAGUAUUCACCAGCAUAUAGCCAAAAAAAAUUGAAAUGAAGCAAAAAAACAUUUCCAAACAAAACUUGGCUCAAGAGCUAGACUUGACAGAAAAUAAAAAACCUCAAAAAAACAUUUUUGAUUUUAACAAAUUAAAGUUAAAAAGUGAAGUUAUUUUAAUUUUUGCUACAAGAUAUACAAUAACCUAACAAUUUUUCAGCGCCUACCAUGAAUUAUCGCUGGAUUCAUGUAACGAUGAGUCAAGUUCUUCAAGACAGGUUUGUAUAAUAAUAUAUUAUUUAUGUCGCCACCUUUGGAUGAUUAUUACUUUUCUGAAAACAUAUUUUUGAGUUAUCUGCUAUUCUUACCUUGUAUUACUUUUAAUUAUAUAGCUUGUCGAGGAUUUGUCAACAUCUUUUCUAUGCGUGUUUAGCAUUGAUUGAGGUAAAGACUUGUAGAGGGGACGGGCCUGGUGUUUGACCUGGCCGUGGGCCACAUAUGCAGGGCCGGUUCUUUUAGUUUUUUUAGCCUAGCUGACAUGGUCGGUGGUGGUCUGGGCCUAGUGGAAACUGUUUUAAGUAUAGCGUGGCAACGUAUGUUUAACAGAGGGUGCCUUUGCUGCUAAAAUUUUUAUUUUUUAAAUAUUUUUGAUAAAGUUGUUAAACCGCAAGGUAAUCGAAGCCUUUUCACAGUUGGAGCUCAAUAUGUUUUGUCAUAUCAAAUAACUCUGCAAAAUAUUUCUGUUGUGUACCAAAACCAACAACUCGUGUUCACAACAAUCAACCACCAAUACUACCAAAAUACUUUUUUAUGAGUUUACAAACACCAUCGUGACCUUUACCUACCUUCAAAAUGAAAUUAUAAACUCUGCUCCAUAAAAACUAUUCUUUACAAUGGCUAUAAAAAACUUUUUUAAUCAAAAAACAGAAGCCGGACGGUUUUUUUUGACGUUACGACGUUUCUCAUUUUUUGAAUCGAUGUUGUUGUAAUCGAGGAGGUUUUAGGCUAUUAAGUUUUUGGAUUUUGUGGGUUUAAGUGGGAGUCUUAAUGGCAUUUGAGAAGAUAACUGAGUGAUAGGUGUUUAAUUUAUAUUUUGUUGAUUUUUAAAACAUUUGCCAUUUUUUCACCUAUGAAUGACGUUUUUAAAUUUAAAUUUAUGUGCAUUUUCUAGGAAACAAGAGCCUUACAAGAGAAUCAGCAGCUUUAUGCCCACUACGUUCAACGGCUUGCGCGGCUUCAGGAGCGAAUUCAAAAGAUUAUGAACAGUAAGUGGAUUAUGUUUUUCAUGUUUUGUGAUUUAAUGUCGUACUUCAAAUUUUUUAAAAAUUUUUUAGAGCUAGGGUUAGGAAAAGCCUAGAGAAUGGGUUAAGGCUAGGGCUAGGGCUAGAGCUAGAGCUAGUGCUAAAACCACGGCUAGAGAUUAGACAUGGCAAACGGGCCGGCCGAGGCCCGCGUAUAAGUUACUACUAGAGAUACUGCCAAAGCUAGGGUUAUGCUAACAAUAUGCUUAAAAUAACUCUUUUAGCAAUUUUUCUUUUAGUAUAA